GUAUGCCCAAUUCUCGGGCCGGGCCAAGAUUCGUGCCAAAUUUUUUGUGCCCAAACCCGCCCAAAAUGGUCGAACCGGGCAAAAAAAAAUUAACUAAAUAUGCAUAAAAACGCAUUCCCAAACCCGCUGAAAAAAAAUUUCGGGCCGGGCGAACUUUGAUGACCUCUCCUUUUUCCCCUAAAAAAAAAUCUUCUUUCUUUGCCUUCUUCCGCGGUGGUCACUGCAUCAUUUUGUUUGAAUUCCAUCAUCUUCUCACUUCUUCCCCAAAUCAAACGCCUUAAAAUUUCAAAACUCUUUCUUCAUUUUCGCUGAUUAUUACUAGGGUUUCUUAUGGCUCAGACGAAUCAUCUGGAAUUCGGCAAUCAAUUAGACAUUGAACAAAUUCUCUUUGAUGCUCAACAUCGGUGGCUGCGGACACCGGAAAUUUGCGAGAUUCUUCAGAAUUAUAAGAGAUUUAAUAUUGCACCAGAACCUCCCAAUUUGCCUCCAAGUGGUGCACUCUUUUUGUUUGACAAAAAAGUGCUAAGAUACUUUAGGAAAGAUGGUCAUAGUUGGAGAAAGAAAAAAGACGGAAAGACGGUUAAAGAGGCUCACGAGAGGCUGAAGGCAGGGAGUAUCGAUGUGUUGCACUGCUACUAUGCCCAUGGAGAAGACAAUGAAAAUUUUCAGAGAAGAAGCUAUUGGAUGUUAAAAGAUGAGCUCUCGCACAUUGUACUUGUUCACUAUAGGGAUGUGAAGGGCUACAGGACAACCUUUAACCGCUUUAAAGAGACUGAAAAGGAUAUUGCAAAUACCCAAAUUAAACAAAUUGUAUGCAAUUCUGAGGCAGAAAGUACCUUAAAUUCAGGCCUGCAGCAAAAUUGUUGUCCAAUGCUUUCUCAAAACACUGAUAGCAGAACCCCAAACAGUGCUCAGGCAUCAGAUUAUGAAGAUGCUGAGUCAGGGAAUCAAGCAAAGUCAACCACUGUUUCUUCUCUGGAGAUUGAUGUAGAUAGACCAGUACAAAAGCAUCAGAAUGAGCUAUGGGGAUGGGAGGAUGUUUUGGAAAAUCACAAUGUCAGAGUGCAAUUUGCAUCAUUAGAAUCCUCCAUCUUAAAUGUACAAUCAGAUUCUGUGCACACCAACUCUAAACAAGAAAAUGUGAUCACAAAACUUUUCUUGACAGAUCCCUGUUGUAACACCCAGGCAUCAAGGGAUCUUGCUCAAGGCCCAGAAGAGUGGCAGGCUAUGCAUGCCAUGGAUUAUCAAACUGAGCCUUCUGUUGCAGCAUGCAAAGAAGAUCAAGUAGAUGUAGAGAGCAAUCUGACUGGUGUGAAAAAUUCUAGCCACUUUUCUGCUGCAAGAACUUUAUUAGAUAGACCUGUUAAAGAUGAAACUCUAAAGAAGAGUGACAGCUUCAGCCAGUGGAUGUGCAAAGAACUUGAAGAUGUGGAACCAGUCAAACCAUCAUCUGGUGCAUACUGGGAUGCUGAUGACAAGAGAAGUGAUUGUCUGAAUCUCCCACCUCAAGCUGAGUUCGACUCUUACACUGUUGGUCCCUCACUUUCACAGGACCAGCAUUUUAGGAUUAUUGAUUUUGCACCAAAUUGGGGAUAUGCUGGCUCUGAAACUAAGGUUUUAAUUACUGGGAAAUUUAUGAAGACUCGACCAGAUGCAGAAAAUUGUCAGUGGUCAUGUAUGUUUGGUGAAGUGGAAGUACCAGCUGAGGUUAUAGCUGAUGGUGCCCUACGUUGCCAUGCACCCCCUCAUUGUGUGGGUAGAGUUCCAUUUUAUGUAACAUGCUCUAAUAGAUUAGCAUGUAGUGAAGUGAGAGAGUUUGAAUACCAGGAUAAGAUUGUGCAUGGUCUUGAUGCAACCUUUUUUAUUCAAAUAAAAUUUUGCAAAUUACUCUCAUUGGGUUCCAGCUAUCGCCAGAAUAUUGUGCCUUGCAAUGGGGAUGGAAACUCAGAUUUGGAUCAUGAAAUCACGUCAUUGCUGAAGGGAAAUGACAAUGAAUGGUUCCAUAUACUGGAACUUUCUUCCAAGGAGGAGUUUUCUCUGGGUGAAGUGAAGGAUAGGCUUGCUGAAAAGCUUAUAAAAGAGAGGUUGUGUGAGUGGCUUCUAUGUAAGAGAACUGAAGGUGGAAAAGGUCCCCGUGUUUUGGAUGAGAAUGGCCAGGGUGUGCUACAUUUUGCAGCUGCUCUUGGAUAUGACUGGGCCAUCUCCCUAACUGUAGCUGCUGGUGUAAGUAUCAACUUCCGUGAUGUGCGUGGGUGGACUGCUCUGCAUUGGGCAGCAUAUUAUGGCAGGGAGCGUACAGUUGUUUAUCUCAUCUCUCUGGGUGCAUCCGCUGGGGCGUUAACGGAUCCUUCCCCAACAUAUCCAAUGGGCAGAACACCUGCUGACUUGGCCUCGGAAAAUGGUCAUAAAGGGAUUUCUGGAUUUCUGGCAGAAUCAGCCUUGAGUGCCCAUCUUGAAUGUCUGACAUUGAAGGAUAAAUUCAAACAGGACAGUACAGUAGUAGAGGUACUUGGAAUGACCUCUGUAUUAACUGCGACGGAACGGACUGCUACCCCGAUCAGCAAGGGAGUCAAUCUUGAUGGACUUUCAUUGAAGGACACUUUAGCAGCUGUUUGCAAUGCCUCCCAAGCUGCUGCGCGAAUUCAUCAAGUCUUUAGAUCACAUUCUUUCAAGAGGAAUCAGAGGAAGGAGUUUGGUAAUGAUAAAAAGGAAACCCCAGAUGAAUAUGCUCUCUCAGUAAUUACCUUAAACUCCCCCAAGCGUGGUCAACAUGAUGAGCCGGUGCAUGCUGCUGCUAUCAGAAUACAGAAUAAGUUCCGCAGUUGGAAAGGCAGAAGAGAGUUCAUUACACUCAGGCAAAAGAUUGUUAAAAUCCAGGCCCAUGUUAGAGGACACCAGGUAAGAAAACACUACAAAGCAUUUGUAUGGUCGGUUGGUAUUGUGGAAAAGGUAAUCCUUCGUUGGAGAAGAAAAAAAAGUGGGUUACGAGGGUUUAAAUCUGAGUCAUUGCCUGUGACGAAGCAACAGUCUGAGGGCAAAUCUUCCGAGGAUGACUACGAUUUCCUCAAGGAAGGUAGGAAACAAGCUGAGGAAAGACUGCAGAAAGCUUUAUCCAGGGUAAAGUCAAUGGUUCGUUAUCCAGAGGCAAGGGACCAAUACCGCAGGCUGCUUACCACUGUCACAGAGAUCAAAGAGAUGAAGGAUGGAUAUAGUAAUGCUAUUGAUGGGGCAUAUGCUGCAACCUCAAUGGGUGAUGACCUGGUUGAUCUUGAUAGAUUGCUGAAUGAUGGCACCACACCUUAGGAAAUAGCAAGAGACAUAUCUAACUUAGUCGACUAAGUUGCCCCAAUAAUUGUAUAUCUGUUCACUAUUAGAGUAGGAUUAUGUAUAUUGUUUAAGUACAUAUUAGUAAGAUGUUUCCAACAAUUUUUUACUUUAAUUUUUUUUCAAGUUUGACCUUCAAAAGAGAAAUGAUACAAUUAUUUAGUAACAGAACGUUCCAAAGUAGGCA